AGUCUUUCCUCUCUUUUUUUUUCUAGCUUUUGCUUUCUCUUCCCUCCUAAUUUCUCUAUCCUCAUUUCUUUCUCAGACCUAAUUCACCACCACCCCUUCUCUCCUCAUCUCAUCUCCAUACAUAUAAUCCUCAGAUCUUAGUAGAAGAAGUAGAAAGGAUAUUUUUUCCUUUUUGUUUUCUUGGGUUUUUUUUUUUCUUUUAAUCUUGGGGAAGAUUGAGAAGCAGGGAGAAGAGAAGAUAUAACAAAGGAGGUUUUUGGGUUUUUAGAAAGAUGACUCCAGCUAAUUUGUCUGGGCAAUUUGGUGAUACCACAUACACUAAAGUGUUUGUUGGGGGAUUGGCAUGGGAGACCCAGAAGGAGACUAUGAAGAAGUACUUUGAACAGUUUGGUGAGAUCUUGGAGGCUGUUGUCAUCACUGAUAAGGCAACUGGAAGAUCUAAAGGCUAUGGAUUUGUAACUUUUCGUGAGCCGGAUGCCGCCAUGAGAGCUUGUGUUGAUGCUGCUCCGGUGAUAGAUGGAAGGAGGGCUAAUUGCAAUCUUGCUUCAUUGGGGGUUCAAAGAUCCAAACCCUCAACUCCAAAACAUGGAGGAGGAAGGAACUUUAGGGCAAUGAACUCUUUUCAGACAGGGUUUGGAGGGGGAGUGGGAACAGCUUUUCCUUCAGCUGCAACCUUCCCUCAUUAUGCCAUCCAACAAGGGAUUCCAUAUAAUGUUUAUGGGUACUCUUCAUACUCUCCGGAUUACACAUACCCAACGAGCUACUACAGUGUGUAUGGAGGGGCUGCUGCUCAGUAUCCGUUGUACGGUGCCGGACCAGGCGGACUGAUGACUGGUGCAGCCACUGCAUUCUACCCGUACCUCCAGUUCGGAGAAGGGAGUGGGGGAGCCACCGCCGGUUUUACUUCAGGGCAGGGAUAUGGCGCCGUCCAGUACCCCCACCACUUGUUUCAUCAGUACUCUGCCAUUAACUCCUCUGGAAGUUACCCACAGCACUAUGGCGCACCAAUGUCUCUUGCACCAACACCGUCCUUGCAAUCAGUGUGUUUUGCUGUGCCACAGGCGUGACAAUGGCUCUUCAUGCUCCCCCAAUUCCUAAUCGUUAAGAGAGACUCAAAUCCAAAGCUAGCUACUUCUGCAUUACUUCAGCUGCUGCUCCUCCUAAAGUCUCAACAAAAACCUUUGGCCUAACCAUGGUUCUCUUUCUCUCUUCACAUCUCUUUUCUAACUCAAAAAGAGCCCACUUGAAUGGCAUGUGGGCCUUUUGUAGCCCUCCAUAGGGGCUGCAAAGUCACCUCCAAAAUUGGAGAACUUCUCAUGCAUUUUUCCUCUCUUGCAUCUUUCUCUAAAAAGGGGUUAAUUCCUUGAAGAGAACCAAAGCAUUUGUAAUUCCCAACUUCGGCUAGUGGAUAAGCUAAGUUGGGAAAAGUUUUUGUCAAUUACUGGCCUUGAAAAAAGGUUAAGUGAAAAAAAAGAAGAAAAAAAGCCUUUUUGGUAACUUUUAGCCUAGGAAAGGCUAAUAAAACUGAAAAUGGUUUGCCAAAAAAUGUAAAUUUUCAACAACAAAAAAGGCAAGCAAAAUGGCUAAGCUAAUCCCUCCAAACUUUUGGCUAAUCACUUCUCUACAUACUGAGGCAGUUUUUAGCAAAAAAUCAUGGGCAUUGGGUUUGUCCCAAAAGGUUUUUUUUGUGCAUUGACAUGUAGUCUUAGGAUUUUAGAGCUAGGACCAUGUAGUCAUGUUACUAUAAAUUUUUUUUCAAAACAUUAUCACUUCAUUUCUCUCAUAAUGUGUUUUAAUCAACCAAAUCUUCCCUUAGGGAAAGGGAAGGAAAAUCUUUUACCAACACUUCUUUUGUUUCUUGUAAAAAAUGGUUUUAGGGCUAAAACUUUUGGAGUAUUAGCCCUUUAAUUGUCACUAAUACCUUAGGAGGGAUAGUGUUUUUCGCU